AUGCCGGGCACCAAUGCCAGCGGCCCCCCGGGCUUCAUCCUGGUGGGCUUCUCCGACCGGCCCCAGCUAGAGCUGGUCCUCUUCGGGCUCGUCUUCCUCCUGUACAUGGCGACCCUCCUGGGCAACGCGGCCAUCAUCCUGGUGUCGCGGCUGGAUGCCCGGCUGCACACGCCCAUGUACUUCUUCCUCGCCCACCUCUCGCUGCUGGACCUGUGCUUCACCAGCAGCGUCGUGCCCCAGCUGCUGGUCAACCUGGGCGGCCCCGACAAGUCCAUCUCCUACGGAGGCUGCGCGGUGCAGCUCUACGUGUCCCUGGCGCUGGGCUCCACCGAGUGCGUCCUGCUGGCCGUCAUGUCCUACGACCGCUACGUGGCCGUGUGCCGGCCCCUGCACUACGCCCUCGUCAUGCACCCCCGGCUCUGCCGCCUGCUGGCGUCCACGGCGUGGCUCAGCGGCGUGGCCACCACCCUCGUGCAGUCCACGCUCACCCUGCAGCUGCCCUUCUGUGGCCACCGCCGCGUGGACCACUUCAUCUGCGAGGUGCCCAUGCUCAUCAAGCUGGCCUGCGUGGACACCACCUUCAACCAGGCCGAGCUCUUCGUGGCCAGCGUCCUCUUCCUGGUGCUGCCCGUGUCCUUCAUUCUGGGUUCCUACGGCUGCAUUGCCCGGGCGGUGCUGAGGAUCCGGUCGGCCUCGGGCCGCAGGAAGGCGUUCGGCACCUGCUCCUCGCACCUCACGGUGGUCGUCAUCUUCUACGGGACCAUCAUCUUCAUGUACCUGCAGCCGGCCCAGAGCAGGUCCAAGGACCAGGGCAAGUUCGUGUCGCUGUUCUACACGGUGGUGACGCCCGUGCUCAACCCGCUCAUCUACACCCUGCGGAAUCAGGAGGUGAAGGCCGGGCUCCGGAAGGUGCUGGGGCGGGCUCUGGGGGUGCGUUCUUCCUAG